AUGCCAUGUCUCCGCGGCGUCGAGCUUUCGCUGACCACGAUACCUUCUAACGAGCCGAUUCCCGAAUACCCACACCCGGAAGGUACAUCGGCUCGGCUCCUAGGUACUCUCUUGAGCGGCCAAAACGGUCAGGCUUCACAGCGCAAGACCGGUCCGACGGUGGCCGUUUACAUACCCAUCAACACUGCGCCAUCUACUCCCUGCAAGUACGUUUUCUUCCGGCUCUACAUGAACGGCCGUCCCAUUGCCGCUUGGGGAAUCGAUCCGGUCGUUCGACUGAAGGGGAAGGUUACCAAGUCCCUAUGGGUACCCUCUGAGCUCUACCAUGGCCAGGUCGGAUUCGAAGGUCGCAACUUUGUGUUCCUACCUGGUCAGGAGCACAAGUCUGUCGCCGAGGACGGCGGCCUUAUCGAGAUCCAGGUAUUCCGGGCGAGAGAGAGACGUGCUCGCGCACCUAGGUUGGAAGAGUUUAGGCAUCGGGAGAGUUACGGAAUUGCCAGGUCAUUCCGGUCGGAUAACACGGACGAAGCCGUGUUUCACGAGCGUAGCAGAGGGGUGACAGUUUUGGGAAACUUGGAGUCAGCAGGUUACCACCUCAAAAGCCCACCAGAGCUCUUUCCAGUCAUAUCGUCCAAUGCCAAAGUCCCUCAGCCGAGCAAGGCGCUCCGCGACGCAUAUCUCGAGUCCUAUCUGCAGCGCCCUCUCCCGCAGCUUCCCUCGGAGGAGCCCAAUCGGCGCUCAAGACGGUCUUCUGCAGCAUCGGCAACGUCGGCUACAUCGGCUACUCCGUCGAUAACGCCUUCGCUUCUGCGAGAUCUGGAGGAAGAUUCUCUCGACCUCGAGGAAGUCGACAUUGGGAUUGCACGAGUUGUUCAGCUUGCCCCCUCUGAGUCAGCCACUGAUCUCGUUGGGGAUGAGAAUUCCGGUUCGGUUAACUAUUCCGUAUCUGAUUAUGAGACGUCUCCAAAGUCCCAAGGUGAUUCCUUUCCGGUAGAGGAGAGGAUGUCACCCGGUCGCUACUUACCCACAACUGGCAGCGGACUCGACCGCGGCAUUGCUCUUUUCACACCGCCCAAGCGAACAGUCAUUUCCAGCGAACCGAAGAAUGAGGAGUCAUUGCCAGGGUGUUUUGCAUCCCAUCACCAUCUCCCGUGCUUUGAGACCGCAGCGUUGGGUGAGCUGGAACGGCGGGGUGCGAGACGAUCUCCUAAUCGCGCAGGGCAUGUUGACGUUGCUGCCCGUCCCGAAUCCAGUCCACAGGCGGGCAAGGGCCACGGCAAGUCGCUCUUCGCCGGGCUGCGCAGGAAGAAAAGCAUUGGGUCGCCGAGUAAGCUGGGUUUGUCUAGGCCGGGCAAUGGCGGAAGCAUUGUUCAGCGUGCUACGGGAAGCCGGAUCUGGCCAUGUCCGGGCCCGGAUGACUAG